AAUCACGCCAGCAAUAACAUCAUAAUCUUUCCAUUUAUUAGGUGAACAAGAACCUCAGUCAAGCUUCUGCUUGCUCACACGACACAAACUACCAAAAUGACCGCCAAGAUCUUUCUCACAGGAGCUACCGGCUACAUCGGUGGCGAUGCCCUCCACCAGCUGUACCAGAAGCAUCCCGAUUUCGAAUAUGCGCUUCUCAUUCGAACCCAAGAAAAGGCAGACAAGGUGCUUGAAAAGUUUCCGAAGGCUAGGAUUGUCAUCGGAGGACUCGAUGAUUCCGAGGCCCUGGAACGCGAGGCAGCAUGGGCUGAUGUCGUAAUUCACACGGCCGACUCGUCGGACCACGCAGGGGCAGCCAAGGCCAUUGCAAAGGGUCUCGUGUCGGGCCACUCGCCAUCCCGGCCAGGAUUCUGGCUGCACACGGGCGGCACCGGCAUCCUGACCUACUUCGACUCGGAAGUCAAGAAGACAUUUGGCGAGCACGACGACAAGGUCUUCAACGACUACGAGGGUGUUGACGAGCUCGUCAACUUGCCAGCCGCCGCUUUCCACCGCAAUAUUGAUGAGAUCGUCCUCGAGACCGGCAACAAGCACACUGACUCCGUCAAGACUGCAAUUGUCUGCCCGCCCACGAUCUAUGGCCAAGGACGGGGGCCGGUGUCGGGCCGAGGUCGUCAGGUGUAUGAGCUGGCUGCUUUUGUGUUGAAGGAGGGAUACAGUCCCCGCAUCGGCAAGGGACUUGCUCGGUGGAAUAAUGUCCAUGUUCACGAUCUCAGCGUAGUGUUUGAGUUGCUGGUUGAGGCAGCGCUGGACCCAUCUCGGAAGGAUGAUAAGGAGAUCUGGGGCGGCAAGGGGUACUUCCUCACUGAGAACGGGGAGCAUGUCUGGGGUAAUUUGUCAACGCUGGUCGGGAAGGCCGCCCAUGAGCAGGGCUUCAUCAAGCAAGAGCCCGAGGUACGAGAGCUGUCUUAUGACGAGGCCGUCAAAUCGUCUGCUGGAUUUGAGGCAGCUAGUUGGGGUUUGAACUCUCGAGCUUCUGCCUUGCGCGCGAAGAAGGUACUCGGAUGGAAGCCACAGGAGAAGAGUCUGGAAGAUGAGGUACCCGCCAUUGUUAAGUCUGAGGCAGCUAGACUAAAGCUCUAAAGUCCAAUCGAGUGACAGGAUUGGCUCCUUUCCAAUGGAGAAGUAAUGGCGUAAUGCGGAGAACAAAUCUUGUAGAAGCCAUCAUAUCUCAAAGGUUAGAUUCAGAACUUGGUUUCGGACUCAAAUACUCCAAUAGUAACGCACUUCAAAUGCCGAUGUAGAGAGUGGAGGGUAGAUAUAGCACUGGAUGGCGUGCUCAUAGUCGGCCGAUGGCGGAGAUGGUCGGCUUUCAUCACGC